AUGAACGGGGCCAAGGGUUUUCUACAUGAUGCCUGGCCCGGGGAAGCGCAGACCGAGCGACCACUAGACUGCACCCACUGGGCCACAGAUAGCGAAGCUCAUGAACAGCAAGCUUGCGAGACUACUAGAUGUCUAACCGACACAUUCGAAGAAGGGAGGUGGAAGCUUCUAUCAUUAUUUACCGGGUUCUCUUUUUUUGACCCACCUGAGCAUGCCCGUAUACACCGAACUUCGAGGGCUGUUUAUUCUUCUGAGCUGAGAACCAGAGUUACAAGGGAUCCGGGGCAUUCCAUCAAUGCAAUAUAUCGGUCCUACGUUAGAAGGCUUAGUUUCACAGUAAUCUUGGCGCGCCAAGGCUUGCGCCCCACAACCUGUCGGAACAUAAGAGGCAUGGCCCCAAAUGUAAACCCUCUGACCGGAAAGAUCCUCACUUUUACCGGGGCGUUUUCAGUAAGAUAUCAUGUUGCAGUUCAGGAUUAUAGAUUGGUCAUGACACCCACGCUCUUUUUUGAUAUAUCAGUCAAGCUAGUAUAA